UUUUCAAAAACAGUCGGCGGAAAAUCUUCGUCUCCAGUUACCACAGCCACAAAGUCAUAAUUAGGUCUAAAACCCGUCUAUUUCUACAAUUAAUAUUGGUUAAAAAUCUGAUUUCAAAACUAAACUGAAACUUAAGCACAAUGCUAUUAAAUACACGUAGCUAGUUAACGUUCCAGCUCGUCCUGAAGUCAGAUGAUUGAAUAACAGUCGGUUUCUUGCUGGUUAGCUACGGUAAAUACAACAAACACGGCUUUACAAGCUACCUAGUUUAGCUGCUUAGCUUGUACAUCGUGUUUUUGUUCAGCAAUAAAAGUUUUGUACCUAACGUGUAGCUACAAUACUCACUGCCCCCGAAACGCAACAGUAACAUCUACAGUAACCUGUUACUACUAGACUCAACAAGAAUGGCUCCUCACAAGGUUGUUGUCAAGUGUGGGAGCUAUGCUGUGUUGGUGGAACUGCAGAUCAUUGGGCCUCUGAGCCGCGGAGCACCACAGGAAACCAGCUGGUUCACUAUGGAGCACACUGAGGAGGUCACUAGUCUGGUGAGAGAUGCUGUGGACCGGAGGGUGAGGCUCUACAUAGACUGCCUUCACAAGAGAGGACAGCCCAAACACAAGAGAGAGCUGCCACAUGCCAACCCCCUCUGUGUGAAAGGGAGAAGAGUUAGCCUGGUGGCCAACUUCGUGAAGAGACAUUUCAACCUGCGGUGUAUUGUCAAGCAUCAGUACGGAGAGCUGCGUGUGUUUCCUGAGCGUUAUGUGGUGUGUGUGAGCCGACUGGAGGAUGCCUCAGCUAACCCGACCCCGGCCGUAACCGUGAGUCAGAGUACAGAGUCCCAGUAUUUUUCCAGGCCAGCAGCAGAAACCAGAGAUGAACUGAACUCCUCCACAAUAACAAAGAGAAGUUCCCUCCAGAAGAUAGCCAGACACGCGCACGCCAGGCCCCGACCAGAAACCCAACCUCUGCCCUGCGGAUCAGUCCUGGGGAAGAAACUGCAGUCUGAGCAGAACAGAGUCCCAGGAGAGCAGGUUCCGGAGCCCCAGCCACCGACAGACCAGCCCAGGCUUACCACAGACACAGUGCUGCCCCACGGGCAUCCCACAACAUCCACUGACCCCAGAGACACAGUACUGAGUCAGUCCCAGAUUCAGGGUGAGGAAGACGAACCCAGCAGGGUCCCAGGGAACACUGACCCCAGAGACACAGUACUGAGUCAGUCCCAGAGUCAGGGUGAGGAAGACGAACCCAGCAGGGUCCCAGGGAACACUGACCCCAGAGACACAGUACUGAGUCAGUCCCAGAGUCAGGGUGUGAAAGACGAACCCAGCAGGGUCCCAGGGAACACUGACCCCAGAGACACAGUACUGAGUCAGUCCCAGAGUCAGGGUGAGGAAGACGAACCCAGCAGGGUCCCAGGGAACACUGACCCCAGAGACACAGUACUGAGUCAGUCCCAGAGUCAGGGUGUGAAAGACGAACCCAGCAGGGUCCCAGGGAACACUGACCCCAGAGACACAGUACUGAGUCAGUCCCAGAGUCAGGGUGAGGAAGAAGAACCCAGCAGGGUCCCAGGGAACACUGACCCCAGAGACACAGUACUGAGUCAGUCCCAGAGUCAGGGUGAGGAAGAAGAACCCAGCAGGGUCCCAGGGAACACUGACCCCAGAGACACAGUACUGAGUCAGUCCCAGAGUCAGGGUAAGGAAGAAGAACCCAGCAGGGUCCCAGGGGAAGACGAACCCAGCAGGGUCCCAGGGGAAGACGAACCCAGCAGGGUCCCAGGGGAAGACGAACCCAGCAGGGUCCCAGGGGAAGACCCUCCCAGCAGGGUCCCAGGGGAAGACCCUCCCAGCAGGGUCCCAGGGGAAGACCCUCCCAGCAGGGUCCCAGGGGAAGACCCUCCCAGCAGGGUCCCAGGGGAAGACCCUCCCAGCAGGGUCCCAGGGGAAGACCCUCCCAGGGCCAAGAGGGUGUGCCUUGAACCACUUCUAGUAGCUUGUUCCUCCAAUGACCUCAUAACACCAACACACUCAGCUGAAUCCUCCAACCCUCUCCUUCCUCCUCCUCCUCUGUCGUCUCCUCGUCCACUUGUGGUCAAAUCCAGUGCCAAGACGGAGUCCGAGGCUUUCCCAGCCCCUGCAGCCCCUCUCUCCCCUCUCCCAGCCCCAGAGCGGACCCAGUCCACAGCCCCCCUCUCCCCUCUCCCAGCCCCAGAGCGGACCCAGUCCCAAACCUCUCAAACCACAGUGGAAGUGGAGCUGCUUACUCCAGGGAAACAGUCCCAGAGUCUCCUUCCUCUCACAAGCAGCAAUAACACAGAGCAGACAAACCAAAACAGCCCCGCCGCAGGUCUGAGAGGCCGAUCUGUCAAGGAUGUAGUCUCCUCAGCCCUGUCUAUUGCUUCCACAUACAUCAGCAUCAUAGGGGAGGCAGAGGAGGGGAGGGAGAAUGGUGGGAGGAAGAGGAGGAGAGGAGAAGAGAAGAGAAGGGAGGAGAAGAGAGGAAAGAUUAUGGAGGGGAAGAGAGGAGAAGAGAGGGAAGUGGGAGAGGAAGAGAGGUCUGUGGCCAGACCAUCCAGAUUACGACGGCUGAAGAGGUGAAGAGGGUGAGACUGAGAGAGGAGAGAGAGGAGCAGACUGGGGAGGAGCAGACUGGGGAGGGGCAGA